UCCUAUAUACUUGUUAGUGUUAAAGCUGUUGGCGUAACAACAACAACAUCACGCGAAUAAGUUUGUAAACUGAGACACGCACUGCAGUUUUCUAUUGACCGAUUUUGUUGCGCUUUUGAAAAAAUGGAGACGUGCGGAAUGAGUCUGGUCAAGUACAUUUUGUUUGCGUUCAAUUUAAUUUUUGCGAUUUCCGGUCUGGGCAUUAUCAUAGCCGGUGGAUUAGUACUGUCCGAUGUGUCAGAUUUCAAACACUUUACGGACAAUGAUCUGCUUGGGCCUCCGGUGGUGCUCAUCGUCACAGGGUCAAUAGUGUUCAUCAUCGCCUUCCUAGGAUGUUUCGGAGCAAUUAGAGAAUCAUACAAAAUGUUGAUGGCGUUUUCCGCUUUGCUGCUAGUCAUAUUCAUCGUGGAGUUGGCAGCCGGCAUUGCCGCGGCAGUUUACAAAGGUGACUUUCAGUCGACCUUCAAGAAGACCCUGUCUGCUUCCAUGACCAACUAUUCGGGAAAUGAAGUGGAGCGGAUUUCUUGGGAUAAAAUACAAACAAAGUUCCAUUGCUGCGGUGUGGACAAUCCUGAAGAUUGGAAAAAAAUUGACCCUGCGUAUCCGAAAACCUGUUGCGCAGCUAAUCCGACGCCACACGAUUUAGAGACGGGCGAAGUUCAAGAGAACGAUUUCUGCAAGCAAGACGGGGGCGGAACACAUCUUUACUCACGAGGCUGUUACGAUAAACUUAAAAUGAAAGUCGAAUCCAACAUGAAAGUCUUGGUUGGUGUUGGCAUUGGGAUCGCUUUUGUUGAGGUGAUUGGAAUAGUUCUUGCAUGCUGGCUGGCGUACACCAUCAAGAAGGAAAACGAAACGUCAAAGUGAGAAAUUGGUAAUCAGAGAGUUCAAGAGCAAAUUAAAAAUAUUUACGUUUAUUAACAACAAUGGUACAACAAUGAAUUUUAUUAGAUGUGUUCAAUUGCAAGAAAGACUUCCUUUGUGUCGUGAGUUUGGCUUAUGUCUUCUUAGCGGUUUUCCAAGCUUUAAAUUUAGGGGAUUGUGUAAAUUAAAUUCUUAUCACCUAAUUAUAGGUUCCUCAGUGUUAAAAUAUCUAGAAGAAAUAGUUUUUGAGUGUGCAAAAACCAUAAAAAUUGUGACAAUGUUAAUAGUAAUAAGGAUAAGGAUAGAUACCACUGUUAUAAAUUAAUUGAGAGUUUAUGCAUGGAAAAUUAAUUGUUAAAUUAUAAAAGUUGUACUUUCUGUUACAGCAACUAUAAACGUACUUUAGCCCUAAUACAUUUAUUCGGUUUAGAACUUUUAUAUGUUUGGGAUGGUGCGACAUCUAACGGAAAUCUGGCGAAGCAUUAAAACUACUCCACUCAGCGAGAUCGUAGAUUCCAUUUUAAGGUGGUUCCUAUUUGACCGAACUGUUCUAUCUAUCCGCGAGAAGAGAAAUAAGCUUUCAAUCCUUCUGCUCAGGGUAAAACCUUACAGUAAUGUUUAUUUUAUCCGAGUGUAAAACCAUGUAAAAUGUUCCUUCAUUGAUAUAAAUAUGUUUUAAGAAAUGUAGCUUAUAUGUGGCACAAAUCUGGAAUGUAACCUAAUUAGGUAUAUUACAAAAUAUAAACUGAAAUUGUUUUUUACAUUUUUUGAAAGAAAUUGAUAUGAAGUACUUAUAUGUCUUCGUUAACGAAAUAAUACACUUUGGAAUCCUUUAAGGACACAAUUUUAAGUGUUAAUGGAAUUUGUCUUUUUAGAAUGCAUAUAGUAGUUUUAUAUCCGUUUUGUGGAGACCUCUGUAUUCAAGGCGCAGAUUAAAAUCAAUAACUCUUCAACGGAGACGCCCCGUGUUGCCCUUUGGAACUAACCGGGACAAGCAAAGGUGAUUUUCGGCAGCUAUUUGAUUUAACUAGAUUUUUAAUUGCAUCAACCUUGAAAUACGGACAGGGUUUUAAAAUAAAAUAACACAACUCAUCCAAUAGACCUCAGAAACGGCAAAGAAAAAUAAAAUAGCAUUCGCCAAUCUUUAAUACCGGCUUCAUUGGAGGUUUUUCGUCGUCUCUUACUAAAUGAUUUAAUUAAUCAAUUACCAAAUAUUGAAGGAGGAAAAAAUGCUAAGAACAUGCAAAGGUCGUGAAACCUGCCAAAGACAACAAUGUUGCUGCCUCAGUGAAACAGACCUAUAAGUUAGAGUCGAUGACAUAUCCUUGCAAAAUUUCAAGGCUAUUUUCAAUUUGAUAGAUAUCUGGAGAUUUUUAAGACUCAAUCUUAGAUGAAUAUGGUAUUCCUAAAUUUUUCCAUAGUUUCUUAGUAAAAUAGUUAUCAAAUUUUAUGAAGUGGUCGGAAAAAACCUAAGUUAAACAAUACAUAAAACAAAAGUUAAAAAUAAGUUUUAUUACCUGUUAACUCGGAGUUGGCAACAAUACCUUUAGCAAAUUACUUAAAGAAAGUGUCAUAAGAUAUAAAAUAUGUUGGGUCUAAUAAAAAUACUGUUUUAGAGUUUUUUUGCCACUAAUGGGACACGUUUUUGGGUCAACUUUUCUUAUAAGCGCAAAAAAUUUUCGGUUCAUACUAACACAGCUUUCCUAUUCCGGAGUUGUUUGAUGUUUUGUUAGUCCCACACGCACACGCGUGAGUUUCCCGCAUAUCAUACCUAACGCUUCCUCCUGCAUUUUCUACCUAGCUUUAAUUUGACUGUUGCUAGAAAGGAACAUAAGGUAUUGUAUAAAUGGAUUGAGGCACCUUCCGACAGUUCAAUUUUUCGCGUGAGUUACUGGGUUUACAAUUAGAUGAUAUGAUAUUAUCAUGUCUUUCAUUUUGGUUGUAAACUCCUAUUUCAAGCCUUGAUGCUUGCGAAGGCUGUUUGUUUUCCUCUCAAUAUUUGCAGGCUUCUAAUACUUCCUCGUCGAUUACUGCCAUAUUUAUUUAUUAUAAUUCCGUUUUUUGUCAAUUGGGAGCAUUGUUAAUGUUUUCUACUGAAAAAUUUUACGUAUGCUGGAGUUACGCAGCACCAAUUUUCAUUUUCUCAUUUUUAUCUCUUGGUAAACAUUUUUGACUUGAAAUGGAGAAUGUUUGCAUUUGUAUUCAUAAAAUUCAAGCCUUUUUUGUUUUAUGAAAAUUAUGCCAAACAUUACAAGAUAUUUCGUAAUUGCAGGUACUGAUUUAAUUGCUUUCCUAUAGCACCCCUUUUAUAUAGUUAAAUCAUAGCGUCUUAUCGUCUAUUUGUUAUGAAUUGUUGUGUGUCUUUCAUCUACACAUCCAAUGUUUUUCAAUUUGUCUUUAUCACUUCAUUUAGCUUCAAUUCUCGAUUUAUUUUUUCUUCUCAAUGUCUAGUCUGUCAAGUCUCUGGGGAUAAGGGGGCUUGAGCAGUCGCACACAACGAAAACAACUUUAUAAAACACUUAGGACAUAAUAUAGACUUUAAGUAACCCUAAUAUACACAUAGCAUAUUAUGCAAGUUUGAUAACAGAGGCAUGUUUAUGAAUCGGUACUGAUUUCGCCACCUUCCAUAACUUUGGGAAUUUUUGUCUGCAACGUCCUUUCUCUUUCCAUUAGCAUUGUUUCUAGUUAUUUUUUAUUUUUCAUGGCAUCAAGUAUCUGGCCCCGAAGCAUGAUUAAUAUCUAUUGUAACAGGCAACAAAUUUAAUAAAUCAGGCUUUAUCCACGAGUUUCAUUUGCCAUGAGCGAAGCGUAGCGGAACGAGUGCUAACCAAAACUAGUGACUGAAGUAAUUUAUCAAUACUUUGAGUACAUUUUCUAGAAACAGCACGAAUAUAUUUA